UCCAAAGAGAGACAUAAGGUUGGCUCCUAGGAAUCUAAGCUUUUCUCUUUAUAUUUAGAAAGCCCUUUCUUUCAUGAUCUGUGUCUAUCUCGCAUUAAUCCAGAAACAUUAGAGCAGAAAAACACAUUCAUGGGCACCCAACUUGAAAAGGAUCAAACAGUUACUAUAACAAAGAGCGUGUCUGUGUGUCCCAAAUAUUUGCACCCCCAGAAAGUUUUGAACCUCUCAAACUUGGACAGGCAGUGUCCAAGCCUUAUGUACACGGUUUCCUUUUACAAACCAUCUCCUUCUUACAAAGAUUUGUCACUUGAUUUUGUUUUUAACAGCUUGAAAUCUGGCCUGGAGGAUACCUUGUCGGUUUGGUACCCGGCAGCAGGUAGGUUGUGCCUGAACCAAAACGAUGGAAAGCUCGAUCUCUGGUGCAACAAUAAGGGUGCAGUUUUAGUUGAGGCAGUGACGCAGAUUAAAAUCUCAGAUCUUGGAGACCUCUCUCAGUACAAUAAGUUCUUUGAGAAACUGGUUUACAAGCCUCAUUCUUUUGGAAACUUCUCCCAGAUGCCUCUGGUUGUUGCUCAGGUUACCAAGUUUGGUUGUGGUGGCUAUUCAAUUGGUAUCGGUGUGAGCCACUCGUUGUUUGAUGGACCGGCCACCCAUGAUUUCUUGUAUGCAUGGGCUUCUAAUUCUGCUAUUAUGGAAGGAAAAGGAAGAGUUGAGCAGCAAAAACCACUGCACGAGAGAGGGUCGACACUAUUGGUGGUCACCAACUGUCCAGCCCCAAAUAUGACUACAAAGUUAUCUGAAAAAUCAAGCUCAAGUAGGAAGAGGGCUGCGGCCAUAGAUCAUCUGUACCAGUUGAUAAUGCAAGCAGCUACUGAUCAAAGUCUUUCUGAUGUGGGGUACAUGAAUCAAAAUAGUUACCUUCUUAGGACCUUUCAUCUAAGCAGUGCAAUGAUACAAAGCUUGAAGAGGAAAGUCUCGGGUAAGAGAGGAGGCAGCUUUUCAUGCUCAUCCUUUGAGGUGGUUGCAGCUCACCUGUGGAAGGCCUCUCGGUGGGUGUUUGUGAAUAUCAAUUAUGCUAACAAGCUGCCAAUAUUAAUUACCAGAUCUCAACUUGCAAGGAGCAGGGCUUUGGGACUGAGGAGGGAAACUAUGGUGUGCUUGCAAUUUUCUGUGGACGUAAGGAACAGGAUGGUGCCGCCACUGCCAAAAGGUUUCAGCGGCAAUGCUUAUGUACUUGCCUCAAUUGCAAUGACGGCAGGAGCAUUGGAGGGAGAAAGCCAUGAAAGGAUAGUUGAGAAAAUAAGGGAAGCCAAAAACUCAAUAAGCAAUGAGUACGUGUAUGCAUAUGUUGAGGCACUCGAAGGUCCAAGACCUUCUGAUCUCCCUCCUCUAAAGGAGUUAACCAUGCUUUCUGAUUGGACCAGGAUGCCAUUUCACAAGAUCCCAUUCUUACAUGGAGAAGCAGCUUAUGCAUCUCCACUGGUUUCUCCAGUCCCACAGGUUGCUUACUUUAUGCAGAAUCCUGAUGACGAUAAGAGCAUUGAUUUAAGGAUUGGUUUGCUUCCACACUCCCUCAAAUCAUUCUCUCAGUACUUCCUCAAUGUGCAAUAAAACUCUCUCUCUCAUCUCUUGGUGGUUUGGUGUAAUUAAGUGGUCUGUAAAAACGUCGUUUGGCAAGACACGAUUUGGAACUGAAAAUAAGUACUCGGUCGAAACAUGAAUGUUUUAUUGUUGAAUGUGAGUUCUGUAAUCAAGCAGCAUCAAUUGAACCCAAGCGUACAGUAUA